AUGAUCGGAAAACUAGAGCACCCGUCAUCACAAAAUGGUAAUAAAAAGAUGCCAAUGAAAAGUGAACACGCCCGACCGACCAGGGUGAACGACCGAGCCGGAUGCUACAGGCGGCCAUUCGGCACGGCACGGCUAGGCACGGCCAGGCCAGGCCGGGACGGCACAUCCGCCAUUUUGCUGCUCUGUUCAGUUCAGUCAGUGCGACGCUUGCCUCCGUGCAUCAUGGACAUUCCUGCACUGAUAGCACAGGUGCAAAACUUCCCCGAGCUGUACGAUGCCAACCAUCACGACUACUUCAACAACGCCCGCCGCGAGGUGGUCUGGGAACAAAUCGGCGCUGCCAUCAAACAACCUAGCACCGACUGCAAAGAACGCUGGGCCAAGGUACGCGACAACCACCGCAAGGCGUUGAAGCGACGCCGCAGCCGAUGCCGCAUGCCGGGCGCAACCAACUCCAAACCACCGCGCUACUUCCAGGAGCUAGCCUUCCUGGCCAGCCACCUGCUGGACGACACCCCUCCCGCACCCGCGUCCGGGUCGGACGACUCCGAAGACAAGCAGCACGACAUCGAGGCCGCAAUGGAGAUCAUCAACGGCAACGACAACGACGAGACUCAGUCACGCAGCGACACCAACAUUCCCACCUUCAACCUGUGGGAUUUGGCGUUGUCCCAGACUGACGCUCCCCCAGCCAAACGCACCCGGCUUGAGCUACGCGACGAGGUCGUCACCAACGUUCUGGAGGACUACCUAGCCAGGAAGAGUAGUGACGUACCAACCGAGGACUCACUGACGACGUUUUUUGUGUCGAUGGCCAAAACUGUACAUACUUUUCCGAUAGCUGAUCAGAUCGAGAUGAAGCGUAAGGUCUUCCAGCUGAUUUCCGAUAGGGAAAUGGAGGUAGCUUUGAGAAGAGGCAAAGAUACUAAAAAGCCCAAGCGAGAGGAAAACAUUGGACAGUGAAUGUGGAUAGUGAGAGAGUGAGACAAAUGACUGAUAGUGAAAAGCAGUAUUCCAAUAGGGAGAUAGGACAGCUUUGAGAAGUACAGUAGCAAAGAUACUGAAACAUCUAAGGGAGAAGAAGCAUUAGACAGUGCUGAAUAUUGUAUGUGGCUAGUGAAAACCUUUUUUUAAAAUAUAAUGACUUGAAUAGUGGGUGAAAAUGAUCUGGAGCGAAUGUAUGAUCAAUUAACUCAAAUUUCAAAUAGACUUGAAAGUGGUACAAUAAAUUUUCAAUACUGGGGUAACCGAACAAAGAGCAAACAUGUUCAAAUGAAAAAUAGAUAAAUCUAGUACAGGAGAUAAUACCUAUAUCAACUGAUUGUUAGUUAUUAUCAAUGGAUGAAUAGAUCUGAAAUAGUGAACAGUAGUCUGGAAUGAAUGAAAAAUGUGUAAUGUGUUUAAUCUAUAUCUGUAUCGUGUUAGUAUAUUUUUCUCGUAUCUGUACUGUAGUAAACUUAGGCGUAUUUUUGUAUUACUUGAUGAUUACUAGUAAUAACUGUUACAAAUGAUUACCAACUAACGUUACUGCUAUACCACUUUUAAUUUUCGAUGAAAAUAUACCACGUCGUGUUUAGAAGGACAAUACUUUAUGCAUAGUUGAAGUUAACCUAAUGUUAUUUCCACUUUUAGAACGUAGACCAAUUUCAAUAAAUUUAUGUAUGAAUGA